UGUUGUCUCUGGACGUGAUAUUAUUAUUAUUAUUAUGUGGCAUCCCUGCAUGGGCAUUGCAUGAAUUUGAUGAUAUUCAAAAUUAAUGAGUUUGUAGAAUUCGCCACCAUCUCCUGCGAUUCUGCCUGUGUGGAACAAGAACAUGUAGAAUGCAACCACAAUUCUCAUCCGAGUUGACUCACCCACUACUCUCAUAUCAUUUUCACAUUUCUCUCCAUCCCAUUUUCUCUCCCUCUUCCGCUCAUAUUUUUUUCCGCACAUGCGUUUCAUAACCCUCGUUCUUCAAUUUUGAUUCGCCACCGCACUUGCAGCGACUCCUCGCACUGAAUCUUCUCGAUUCCCAACGAUUCGGAUUCUUCAGUUUGGAGGAAUUGGGGCUGAUUCCUCGAGGUGGAUGUGAUGCGACAAGUCGCGACAAAUUGGGGCUGAUUCGCGGUGGAUGGGAUCAAUUAGGGCACGUUUAAAUGGUGAAAUUCAAAAGAGUUAGGGAUUUCUACAGAUCGGUACUAUAGCGUUUGGAUGGGGAAUACAUGCGCAGGGCCAAAGACAGGGAAGAAUGGAUUCUUCCAAUCCAUGACCGCCGCCGUCUGGAAGCCCAAGCAGGGCCUUCCGGCGCCGGAUCAGGACUCCGGCGACAGCACCCAAAACAAGGAGAACUCCGUCAAUUCCGACGGCAAGGACUCCGGCUCCACCCGCUCCGAUGUGCAGAGCACCCCGCCGACGCCGAUGAAAAUCACGCCCGACGAGCCGAAGAAACCUGAUCCUCCGCCGCCGCCGCAGCAGCAGCAGAACAACCAGCCGCCCAAAGCAGAGACCGCAAACAACACCAAUGCCGCCGCUGCCAACGAUAAGCCGGCCGAUGCAGCAGCGAAACAGAACAAGCCUACUCAUAUAAAGAGAGUGUCGAGUGCAGGACUGCAGGUGGAGUCAGUUCUGCAGCGGAAAACGGAGAACAUGAAGGAGAAGUUUACUCUGGGGAGGAAGCUAGGGCAGGGGCAGUUUGGGACGACGUUCCUGUGCGUGGAGAAGGGGACGAACAAGGAGUUUGCCUGCAAAACCAUAGCUAAGAGGAAGCUGACUACCCCCGAGGACGUCGAGGAUGUUCGGAGGGAGAUUCAGAUAAUGCACCACUUGGCAGGGCAUCCCAACGUCAUCUCGAUUGUGGGGGCUUUUGAGGAUGCUGUGGCGGUUCAUGUUGUGAUGGAGCUUUGCGCAGGCGGGGAGCUCUUCGAUAGGAUCAUUCAAAGGGGGCAUUACACCGAGAGGAAAGCCGCGGAGCUGGCCAGGAUAAUAGUUGGUGUUGUGCAAGCCUGCCAUUCGCUCGGAGUUAUGCAUAGAGACUUGAAACCUGAGAACUUCCUCUUUGUUAAUCAGCAGGAGGAAUCGCCGCUUAAGACCAUUGAUUUUGGGCUCUCUGCUUUCUUCAAGCCAGGGGAGACAUUCAUUGAUGUUGUUGGAAGCCCUUACUACGUGGCCCCAGAGGUACUAAGGAAGCAUUAUGGCCAAGAAUGUGAUGUUUGGAGUGCGGGAGUUAUCAUCUACAUAUUGCUAUGUGGAGUUCCACCAUUUUGGGAUGAAACGGAACAGGGUAUUUUCGAGCAGGUUUUGAAAGGUGAACUUGACUUUGUUUCGGAACCUUGGCCUAGUAUAUCUGAGAGUGCAAAAGAUCUUGUCCGGAAAAUGCUUGUACGAGACCCUAAGAAGCGGCUCACAGCUCAUCAAGUUCUUUGCCAUCCAUGGGUACAAGUCGGUGGCGUUGCUCCUGAUAAGCCUCUUGAUUCUGCUGUUCUAAGUCGUCUGAAGCAAUUCUCUGCAAUGAACAAAAUCAAGAAGAUUGCCAUCAGAGUUAUUGCCGAGAGCUUAUCUGAGGAGGAAAUUGCAGGACUAAAGGAAAUGUUUAAAAUGAUCGAUGUAGAUAAUAGUGGACACAUCACCCUAGAAGAACUCAAGAAAGGACUAUCAAGAGUUGGCGCCAACCUCAAAGACUCAGAAAUAGAGAAUCUGAUGCAAGCGGCUGAUUUCGACAACAGUGGCACAAUAGACUACCGGGAGUUUGUGGCAGCAAUGCUGCACCUAAACAAAGUGCAGAAAGAAGAUCACAUAUAUGCAGCCUUUUCAUAUUUCGACAAGGAUGGCAGUGGCUACAUCACGAGGGACGAGCUCCAGCAAGUCUGCGAGCAAUUCGGAAUAGAAGACGUCCACCUGGAUGACAUCAUCCGUGAAGUCGACAAAGACAACGAUGGGCGCAUUGAUUACAGCGAGUUCGUGGCGAUGAUGCAGGACAGCAGUUUUGGGAGCAAGGUAAUACAGGGUAGCAUAAGCAUGGGAAUGAAGGGUUCUUAGAGAAAGUAUGAUUUUUUUUUUUUUUUUUCAGUUGUGUAAAUUUAUGUAUCAAUGCAAGAAAAGAAAUUGGAUGAAUUCUCAGUUGUAGAGAUUAGAGUUUUUGUGUUGCAUUUGGUUAGGUUAUGCUUUCGGUUCUUGAAAUUAAAUUGUUGUCUAUUAGUUUACAAAUUACAUUAUGGAACGGCCAUUACAGUUGGUUAUACAAGUAUUUGGUUAAUUUGACUUCA